AACCGGGCUAAACUGGACAACUGGGGGAAACGCGAGAUUGUGGAGAGUACCAUGUUACGCUUUUAAAGAACCUCUUCGAGUCAGAAGACAGAUUUUUGGAAGCAUUUUUUCCCCCUCCUUCUCUUUUUUUGCGGGAUUAACCAGCGUCAGAAGGAGCACAUUCCUCGGAGGUCCGCGGCUAAAGAAUAAAGUAGUUUAUUCGACGUACCAGAUUUUCACCCCCCCAGUUUGUUGGCUGCCUGGCUGGCUGGCUGGGCGCGUUGUGGACAGCGAGGAUGCUUGACGAAAACGGCGUCCACAUUACGAGGGAUUAAACGCAUGAAUUCUAUUUUUUUCCUCUUCUGUCUUCGGGAGCGUUGGACGUUUCGCUAUAGGAUUAAAGGCGGGUCCCCCCACCACCACCACCACCCCUCUUCCAACACAGGAUUUUCACGACCUCCCCCCCACCACCACCCCUUGUCUGCUGAGACUGAUCAAAUUUCAACCAUUUUGCCAAAGGACCUGCACACUGGAGAUAUAAACAAAGAAAGCAUUUCAAGAUGUACCCACAAGGCCGCCAUCCGGCUCCACAUCAGCCGGGCCAGCCGGGCUUCAAGUUCACCGUAGCAGAGUCGUGUGAUAGAAUUAAAGACGAAUUCCAGUUCCUGCAAGCGCAGUAUCACAGUCUUAAGGUGGAGUAUGACAAACUGGCCAAUGAGAAGACAGAGAUGCAACGCCACUAUGUCAUGUAUUAUGAGAUGUCGUACGGGUUGAACAUCGAAAUGCACAAACAGACAGAGAUUGCCAAACGGCUCAACGCAAUUUUAGCUCAAAUUAUGCCUUUCCUGUCACAAGAGCACCAACAGCAGGUUGCUCAGGCAGUGGAGAGGGCAAAGCAGGUGACUAUGACUGAGCUGAAUGCCAUCAUCGGGGUACGUGGACUUCCCAAUCUGCCUCUCACCCAGCAGCAAACUCCUUACCCUGCUCUCAUGCAGCAGCAGCUCCAGGCUCAGCACCUCUCCCACGCCGCCCACGGACCCCCGGUCCAGCUGCCGCCCCACCCCUCGGGUCUGCAGCCACCUGGCAUUCCCCCUGUGACGGGAUCCGGAUCGGGUCUGCUGGCGCUGGGGGCUCUGGGCAGCCAGGCUCACCUUCCCGUGAAGGAUGAGAAGAACCACCACGACCUGGAACACAGCAGAGAAAACACGAACAACUCGAUAUCUCCAUCGGAAAGCUUGCGAACGAGCAGCGAGAAGCACCGCAGCUCCUCCGACUACAGUCUGGACUCCAAGAAGCGAAAAGUGGAGGAGAAGGACAGUGUGAGCAGAUAUGACAGCGAUGGAGAGAAAAGUGACGACUUGGUGGUAGACGUGUCCAAUGAGGAUCCCGCCACUCCACGAGCGAGCCCAGCCCAUUCGCCUCCUGAAAAUGGCAUCGAUAAGCCACGCCCACCUAAAAAGGAUACGCCCAACAGUCCGGCGUCGGUGGCGUCUUCUGGAAGCACCCCGUCCUCCAAGGCCAAGGAGCUAAGUCAUAAUGACAAAUCCUCCACGCCUGGCCUCAAAUCCAACACCCCCACCCCCCGCAACGACGCCCCCACCCCUGGCACCAGCUCCACUCCUGGGCUCAGACCCAUCCUGGGCAAACCACCAGGCAUGGAGGCUCUAGCACCAGCGUUGCGUACCCCCCUGUCCUAUCCUACCCCGUUUGCCAUGAUGGGCCAUCACGAAAUGAACGGCGGCCUGACGAGCCCCGGGGUGUACGCCGGCCUGCACAUCUCCCCUCAGAUGAGCGCCGCAGCCGCUGCAGCUUACGGACGCUCCCCCAUGGGGUUUGAUCCUCACACCCACAUGAGAGCGCCUGGCCUUCCAGCCAGCCUCACGUCCAUUUCUGGAGGAAAACCGGCUUACUCCUUUCACGUCAGUGCAGAUGGCCAAAUGCAGCCCGUACCUUUCCCGCCAGACGCCCUCAUCGGGCCCGGAAUCCCCCGCCACGCCCGUCAGAUCAACACACUUAGCCACGGAGAGGUCGUGUGUGCGGUUACCAUCAGCAACCCUACGCGUCAUGUCUACACCGGUGGCAAAGGCUGCGUCAAAAUCUGGGACAUCAGCCAACCCGGCAGCAAGAGCCCCGUAUCCCAACUGGACUGUCUGAACAGGGAUAACUACAUCCGCUCCUGUAAGCUGCUGCCCGAUGGUCGCACAUUGAUCGUUGGAGGCGAGGCCAGCACUCUGACCAUCUGGGAUCUGGCCUCGCAGACACCCCGCAUCAAAGCUGAGCUCACCUCUUCAGCGCCGGCGUGCUACGCGCUGGCCAUCAGCCCCGACGCCAAAGUUUGCUUCUCCUGCUGCAGCGAUGGGAACAUUGCUGUUUGGGACCUGCACAACCAGACUCUUGUUAGGCAGUUCCAGGGUCACACAGACGGGGCGAGCUGUAUUGACAUAUCCCACGAUGGCACCAAGCUGUGGACGGGCGGUCUUGAUAAUACGGUUCGCUCUUGGGAUCUAAGGGAGGGUCGGCAGCUGCAGCAGCACGACUUCACCUCACAGAUCUUCUCUUUGGGCUAUUGUCCAACCGGAGAGUGGCUCGCCGUGGGGAUGGAGAGCAGCAACGUGGAAGUGCUUCACCAUUCAAAGCCGGACAAGUAUCAGCUACACCUGCAUGAGAGCUGCGUCCUCUCCCUUAAAUUUGCCUACUGUGGUAAAUGGUUUGUAAGCACUGGGAAGGACAAUCUGUUGAAUGCUUGGAGGACUCCUUAUGGCGCCAGCAUAUUCCAGUCCAAGGAAUCCUCAUCUGUCCUGAGCUGCGACAUCUCAACAGACGACAAGUACAUCGUGACGGGCUCCGGUGACAAGAAAGCCACCGUUUAUGAAGUGAUCUAUUAGAGGAGCAGAGGACUCUUCCUACAGCUUCCUUCCCGCACACAGACAGCAUGGAUGUCGCCUGCAGCCCCGGAGAAGACGGGCAAAGACGUUUGGCAGAGCCAGACAGGAAUGGACGGCAGAGCCGCAGCGACAGGAUUCUUUCUGGGUCGUUCGGCUCUGCCUUUUUUCGUACACUUGUACAGCAAGUGCGGUUUCCGAGGCACUAAGAAGAAAAUAAUGUCUGGAUUUUUCCUUUUUUUGUUUUUGUUUUUCGGGGGGAUUUUUUCCCACUGGAUGUGGAGUUCCAGGACAAACCUUGAAGCAGUGCUUCGCUCUGGAGCUUUUCCGUGGAGGUCUUGUGAAAAGUGUACAUAAUGGAGUAAUAAAUGGCCUUUUAUAGAUUUAUAUUUUGGUGUCCAGUUACGCUUGUGAUGGUUCUUUCUGGUUCUCUCCGUGAUUUUCUGUACCCUCUGGGGAUGGAAAUUAGAUUAGGACUCUGUAAAAGGAUAUUCUUUUUGAGCUUUUUUCCCUCCUUGGGUUUUUUUCAAUGUCCAGAAUGACCUUUUUGAAAAUCUCAUUUGGGUUUUUAUUUUUCCACCACCAGCUUUUUUUCUUCUUUCCAUCAUUUGGCAUAAACAGGUAUUUGUCCCGUGGAUUGUAGCAGUAAAAAAACUGCACUCUUCUUCUUCAAACUGGAAAAGGAAGAAGAAGCACGAAGGUGGACCCACUGACCCUAGUCGACAGAAAACUAAAAGGAAGAUCUAUCACUGAACGCUGGCUGUGUUCCAUAAACACAAAUAAAAGGAUAAUUAUCAACUGGAGGACUGUUGGUUUUACAAAGGAACAGCUGCGAUUUCAGCUCGGUCUGUUGAUUCAACUGUUGUAUUAAAAUCUAUUGCUCCAAUGGGCAAAGUCAUCA